AUGAUUCUAUUUCACAACUUUCAGCUCUGCACCAGUGCAUGUGGUAAAGCUGAAUAUGAAGUGAAUGGAGAAUGUUGUCCUAUGUGUGGACCUGGACAUCAUGUGUACAAACAUUGUUCUGAGUACACAUCUACAACAUGUAUACCCUGUUCUCCAUCUACUUUCACUGAUUCAUCCAAUGGACUAAUGGGCUGUAUCCAAUGUACAGUCUGUGAUCCCAGUCAAGGGUUAAGAACAAAGACAGAGUGCACAUUGACUGCGGACAACAUUUGUGAACCACGUGAAGGAUUUUACUGUAUUGACCAACACAGACAAAGCUGUAGAGCAGCAGUUGAACAUUCAAAAUGUAAACCUGGACAAUACAUCAUACAAAAUGGAACAGCAGAUACAGACACUGUGUGUGGUGACUGUGUUGGUGAAACUUACUCAGACGGUUCAUUCUCGUCCUGUCGACCACAUACGCGGUGUGAAAAUUCCACUGGAGUUCUGAGACGGGAAAAAAGACCAGGAACUCAUUCAUCAGAUACUGAAUGUGAAGAAACACAUAUAGUUCCCAUCAUCGUUCCUGUUUUAUUUAGUAUAAUUAUUCUACUGAAGCACAUUCAAAAUCAGAGGGUGAUGAUCGGGAACGUCAUCCUCAUGUUGAACGAAGUAAAGACUCGCAUGACGUCACUCCACUGCUUCCUGUGCUCCACUGGCUUCCGGUAG